CUGUGAUGGACUUCGUACAGAGAACGCAGUGAGAUUGACUAUGUCUGAGAGGCUUUGCUGGAGUAUUGCUCUGCAUAAGACGGUCGUCAUAACGUUUCGGUGCCGCUUCCAAUAGUCCACAGCAACUGUCCCUAAACACCAAAACUCCGCGAAGUCCCGAGUGCGGGGCAAAUGCCACUUUACCCGCUCCGCAUUGCGAAGUGGCAGCAAUCGCAAUACGCUUGUGAUCUAGAGAAUAAUAGUACUUGACGUUCUGUCGAACAACAUUAACAAAUCUGCUCGGCGCCGUAUAACCUUCUUUUCCGGACAUUCAGUUCCAGCAUGUCAAACAAUGCCCAGUCCCUCGUGCAGUGGGCACGUCUUGUGCGCUUUGUGUCCAUUGAUGGCUCCAUCAAGUACGGAGAGCCUAUGCUGGCCAACGAAAACGAUGACAUCCACCAGCUUGCUCUGGACGGCCAGCUAGAGGUUAUCGUACUGGAAGGCGCCGAUGUACUCUCGGCCACUCCCACCAACAGGAAAGAGACUGUGAAAACAUUGCUGGGUCCUCUCACGCCCAAAGAUGUUCCUUACGUCCGUUGCAUUGGCCUGAAUUACAAGUCGCAUAUCCUCGAGACAGGCCGACCACUGCCAACAUGUCCCACCGUUUUCUCGAAGCCUGGUACCACUAUCGCAGAUACCAAUGUUGCAGUUCCGAUCCCGAAGAUUGCUCAGACACAGUGUGAUUACGAAGGAGAGCUUUGCAUCCUGAUUGGCAAAGAUGCGAAGAACGUAUCGCAGGAAGAUGCCUUGAAUUAUGUCGCCGCUUAUACCGUGGGCAACGAUGUGUCUGCACGCGAUUGGCAGCGCGAGCCUGGCAAGGCUGGUCCUGUGCCACAAUGGUCCUUCAGCAAGUCUUUUGACAAGUAUGCACCACUGGGACCGGCACUGGUAUCAACUAGCGUGCUAGGGGCAGCAGACAAACAGUCUCUCAAGACGUUUGUGAAUGGAGCUCUCAGACAAUCGGGUGAUACUUCUGAUCUCUGUUUCGGGGUCAAAGCACUGGUUGCGUUCUGUAGCCAAGGACAGACGCUGCAAGCAGGAUCUUUGAUCAUGACUGGCACACCAGGUGGUGUUGGACUGUUCAUGAAUCCUCAAGGCUUUUUGCACGAUGGUGACGAGGUGGUGGUUGAGAUUGAGGGGAUUGGCAAAGUAGUCAACCGUAUGCAGUUUGAGUAA